AUGGCGCGGCGAACGGACGAUACAGAUUGGUGGUCAAGUACAGAUUGGUGGUCAAGUACAGAUUGGUGGACAACUGCUGAUUGGUGGACAACUACAGAUUGGUGGACAACUACAGAAUGGUGGACAUCUAUAGAUUGGUGGACAUCGACGACAGAAGCGCCGCCGACGGAGGAGCCCACGAUCCCUCCUUCUGGAGAAGGAGGGAUCGGGGAUCCAUGCGAUUCUGACAACGACUGCAAAGAAGAGGAACAUUUGGCAUGCAACAUGGCUUUACUAAAAUGCGACUGCGCUGAUGGUUUCCAAUUCAAUCCCGACAUCCUCGAGUGUGCAUAUACCAGUGGCAAAAGCUGA